CGCGCCUCAGGUCGGCAAGGGCCGCGACGGCAAGUGCCAGCGGAACUGGAACAAGAACAAGCGCUUGUUCUCCGGGGAGCCCGGGGGGCUCAAGCACGGCGAGCGCGUCUUCUACCAGACGGCGCAGGGCGAGACGCUGCUCGAGGGCGUCGUGCAGAUCGAGCCGGACGGGAACUCGGGCAUCCACUGCGCGUGUUGUCAGAAGAUUGUCUCUUGUUCGCAGUUCGAGAACCACGCCGGGCGCGGGUCCCGGCGCGCGCCGUACGACAACAUCUACUCGGAGUCCGGCGUGUCGCUGCGGAUCCUCGCGAUGAUGCUGCCGGACCUGCCGAACGAGGGCGGCAGCGGGAGCGGGAGCGGCGGGAGCGGCGAGGGCGGCGCGGACGGCGGGAGCGGGUGCGCGACGGGCGAGCUCGGCGCGGGGGAGCCCGAGGAGGAGGAGGACGUGCAGCUGCGACCGGGCGAGGCCGGCGGGCUCAACGGCGGCUGCGUGCUGUGCCGCACCAACACCUUCACCACCGAGACCUUCAACGACGAAACGAUGAUCAUCUGCGACCAGUGCGACCGCGAGUUCCACGUCGGGUGCCUCCGCAAGUGGCAGCGCGCGUGGCUCGAGAAGCUCCCGUCCGGGCGCUGGUUCUGCUCCCCCGCGUGCCGCGAAACGAACAAGGACAUCUCCUCGGUGGUGUCGCGCGGGGAUAUGCCGAUCACGGAGUGGCACUCGUGGCAGGUGAUGCAGGGGAAGAACCGCGGGGGCACGUCGGGGUGGGACCUCCGCGCGGUGCUCAAGAUACUCCAGGAGUCGUUCGACCCAAUUAUGGAUCUCUCGACUAACACGGACCUGCUGCCGAUCAUGGUCCAGGGCGGCUCCCACGGCGACUACGACUACUCCUCCGUCUACACCAUGGCGCUGCGGUUCCGCGGGAAGCCCGUCGUCGCCGCGGUGUUCCGCGUCUUCGGCGAGGAGGUCGCGGAGCUGCCGCUGAUCGCCACGAAGUCGGACGCGCGCCGCGAGGGCCACGCGCGCGUGCUGAUGAACAUUUUUGAGGAGCUCCUCGUCGCGCUCGGCGUCCGGCGGCUCGCGCUGCCCGCGGCGUCCGAGACGGUCGACACGUGGGCGCGGGGGUUUGGCUUCCAGCACAUGGCCCCGGAGGAGCUCCUGAACUACAAGCGAGAGUUCCGGCUGCUCAUCUUCCCGGGCACGCACGUCAUGUACAAGGAGCUGCUGCCGCCCGCGAAGCGCAGGCGCUUCGUGCCGACGGCGCACCUCGACCUGCAACUGGUGGUGGGGGUUGAGGGCGGCGCGGAGCGCGUGCGCAUCGAGUACUCGAUCCGCGGCACGUGGAAGGACGUGGGGCUCACGGACCCCGUGACGCAGCCCGAGCGCACCGAGUCGAGCGACGACGAGCAGCGCGGCCGCCGCGGCGGCGCGCGCACGCACCAGCAGCGCCACGCCGCUGCCGCCGCCGCCGUCGCCGCCGCCGCGAAGACCUCGACGCCGAACCGGCACCACCCGAACGGCCCGGCGUCACCGCAGGGCGUGCAGCACGCCGCCGAGCCCGUGCCCCGGCCCAUGGGAGACUCCCCCCCUCCGGUAGAACUACUGCACCCAGGUAUCAAGGAAUGGGCGCUGGCCGCGGGGCUCACGCCCCCGCCGCUCCCGCCCGCGCCCGCGGGGGAGGCGAAGCCCACGCCGCCGCAGCUGCCGCGCGCGACGCCGCCCGCCGCAAACGGCGGGGAGCGGCCGACGCGGUCCUCGCGGCAGGCGGCGAGCUCGUUCGACGCCGACGCCGACAACUUCAUCGUCGGAGAGGGGCUUUCCGAGCAGGAGCAGGACUGGAUGAGCAGCGGCCCGCUGGCCACGCGAGAUGGUCUGGGCGGGGACGGCAUGGGGGACCUGGGCCUCGACAUGGCCUUCGACUAG